AUGAAUAGUAAAUACAAAUUAAAAUUUGAAUUUGAUGUUCAGUCGUUUUCCACUCGGGACUGAGAGAAUUAGGGUUAAAAAGCCGACAUUUUGAAAAGCAAGUACUUGUACGUACGGUGCCGUACGUAACGCAAGAACAACAACAACGGGAUGAAUGACAUGAUAUUCGACUUACUGUAGGUUGUCUGAACCCAUUGCGGUAUCAUCGCAGUCUGUUUGACCAUUGUUCGCGCAAUAACCUUACCAAUACACCAGUACAACACAGCGAUAUGAGUCGGGCACCUGCGAACAUUUUGGACCGCCCUUUGGGUGGUAGAGGAUCCCGGUGAGUCGCAUGGGAUGGUGCAGUGCAAACGAGUUCCCAGAUCUGCGAUCGAUUCGAAAAUAUACUUGCGAGAACAAAGCCUGGGGCGACACAUUGCAUCGACAAUCGUCUCAUUUUUAAUCCUUUAUUUUCUUAUCAUUACUCCAAAUCUUUCUUGUAUGAAUGGUGUUGUCGUUGCUUACGCUAUUGUUGAACCAUGCAGUGCCGACGUUCAGAUAUCUCUUUCGUCAUUUGCCUAUCUGUAUUCGGAACUAGGUGAGGAGACUGAAAAAAAGUCGAGAGAAUUAGAUUUUUCUGGUUUGAUACUGAUCCGUUCUUCUUCGUGACCAUUGUCAACCGAUGUUUAUUGUUUUCCUUCUGUACUUUCCUACGCGCUCAGUUCAAUACCAUCAAAACCGUGUGGAUAGCAUAUCGGAGCUUGAGCGGCGAUUGGAAUCCUCCGGAUAUGGGGUUGGUUUGAAAAUGCUAGAACUCAUAUCAUAUCGAAAUCGCGAGGUAAGUAGCAUAUGUGAUGGAGACGUUUUCCGCCUAUCUUGUGCUAUUUCUAUGUUUGACAAAAUAUAUACUGUAAGUGGCAACAUGCUCAUCAUUCUCUUUUUUUUGGCAUUUGUUGUCGAUCUACAAAAUGUUAAAUUUAAACUCAAAUAAUGAUGCAAUGAUAUGCAUCGGUUUCACGAAAACAUAUGCAGCACAAACGAGAAACCAGACUCAUGAACGUAUUGCAUUUUGUCUCGACCCAGGUGUGGAGGGCUCUUUUUGGGAAACCAGCAGACUCAUUGGAGCGAAGCGUAGAAAAUGCCGACGAAUUCAUGAUUAUCGAUAACGAUCCUCUCACCUCGACUUUCUGUAGCGUCCCAGCAGAUUUUGGACAACUGAGGUACGUACCAUUCUCAUCAUCAGUUAUCUCUUCCCUUGUGUUGGUUUCAUUGAAACAAAGUUGUUGCAUAUCUCAUUUGGUCUUCUGCUCUCACCGACGACUUGUGUGUUUCCUCUUUAUAUGCAGUGUUGAUGCCUAUAUGUCGGG